AGGAAGUCCUACCUGCAGCUCUCACGAGAACUGAGGACCCGUUUUCUUUUCUUUUCUUUUCUUUUUUUUUUUGUUUGUUUGUUUUUUGAGACGAAGUCUGGCUCUUGCCGCCUAGGCUGCAGUGCAGUGGCGAGAUCUGGGCUCGCUGCAACCUCCACCUCCCGGGUUCAAGCAAUUCUCCUGCCUCAGCCUCCUGAGAGGACCCGUUUUCUAAGAGAUCGUAGUGGUGUCGUUGUCUUUAGGUUCUUUGAGGGCACCACAUCAGGGGUCCCUCAGGUUCAUGGAUCGCCUCUAGCUUCCCAGGACAGCCAGCCACGGAUCCUGUGGGCAGGAGGGCUGCCAAGGCCCAGCUGAAGGCUCAAUUUAUGGCGGCCCGGGGGAAGAAGCAUGCAGGAAAGGAUCCAGUCAGUGAUGAAUGUGAGGAAAGAAACCGUUUUACAGAAACAAGGGAGGAAGAUGUAACUGAUGAGCAUGGGGAAGGAGAACCUUUUGCUGAAACAGAUGAGCACACAGGGGCUAAUACCAAGAAGCCAGAAGAUACUGCAGAGGAUCUUACUGCAAAAAGAAAAAGGAUGAAAAUGGAUAAAGCUUGCAGCAAAACAAAGAACAAAAGUAAACAUGCUUUGAGAAAAAAACAACUUAAAAGGCAGAAACGUGAUUAUAUACAUUCUCUGAAGUUGCUAAAUGUCCUUGAAGAAUACAUCAGAGACGAGCAGAAAGAGGAAGACGAAGAAGAGGGAGAAGAAGAACUAAUUAAAAUAUUUCAAGAACAACAGAAGAGGUGGCAACAAUAUAGAAGUAUUAGGAGAGAGAGGCUGAAAGAGAUGAAGCUGCUACGUGACCACUUCUUAAAGGCUCUUGAGGACUUUGAAGACCAGUGGGACAGAGUUUUUUCCGAUGAAGACAGUGAACUUGAUAACUAGACAUGUUUUUAAAUAAAAUCAUGUCAGAACUCUUUUGGAAGAGUUGACACUUACCCAGUUGUCUCUUCAACCUCUGUUAUUCUGAUGACUGAAGAAAGAACUUGAACCUAUGUUAUAUGAUACAAACACAGCUUGAGUACAGCAAACUACAUGACAGUGUUUUGAUAAUCCUUGUAUAAAUCGGUAUAGCUCCUCUGUCAUUUCUCUGUUAAAUGCCAGACCUCGUUUCUAUGAUCUGUUGAAUGAAUCCUAGACACUUCUGGGAGAAGGCAUCAAUUGCACAGUUAUGUUUAUGGUCAAUUAAAUUUUAACAUUAAAGAUAAUUUAGAUUUUGGUUCACCUCUGUGGAUCUGUAUCAGUUCCAAAAAUGUAGAAAGCACGGGCAUAGAAAAGUACAUUUUUCUCUAAUAAAAGAAGACACCAAGCCUGCCGGGUGUGGUGGCUCAUGCCUGUAAUUCCAGCACUUUGGGAGGCCGAGGCGGGUGGAUCACUUGAGGUCAGGAGUUUGAGACCAGCCUGAACAACAUGAUGAAACCCCAUCUCUACUAAAAAUACCAAAAUUACCCGGGCGUGGUGGCGCGCACCUGUAGUUCCAGCUACUCAGGAGGCUGAGGCAGGAGGAUCUCUUGAACCUGGGAGUUGGAGGUUGCAGUGAGCCAAGAUUGUGCCACUGCACUCCAGCCUGGGGGACAGAACAAGACUCUGCCUCAGAAAACAAGAAGAAGAAGACAAAAGCUAUCUUAUCUGUGCAUUCUUUUGUAUUUACUCAUUAGGAUAAAGAGGCAAUUCCAGUGAAAGUAGGACUUCAAAAAAUAGAUAUACUCUAUGGCCGUAUCAAAAUUAUUAAAAGCACCUUACUGUCUGUGUUCUUGAAAAAAAACUAUACUACUGUAAAUGAUUAAGGCAACUGAGCAAGAUAUAUUGAUGUCAGUGCUGAGCCACUGGCUGGUUUGUGGGUAUGUCAUUUCCACAGACAUCAAAAUGCCAUUUAGUUUGUUUUGGUCCAUCAUUCAAUGAUACCUCCCCUUAGCAUUGAAUGAAAGCAUUUUGUUAACAUUUAUGUAUGCUUACAAUUAUUUCACAUCUGUGGCAAGGUAAAUUAUGUAGAGUGCUUUGUUUAUCCAGUUUAAUAUUCAUGGAUUAUGUAGAAGUUUAAGUAUAUGUGCAUCUAAAAACUUAAAUGAUG